AAAAAUUGCCAGCUGAGAAAAUACCACAUCAGAAUUCUUCAUUUUUAAGCCUGCAGAGUAGUAUGAUUUCCCAGAAAAAAAAUACAGUGGCUCAGCAAAUAUCAUCAGCAAGCCUUCACAAAAUUAAAGAGCUGAAAAAUGAAAUAUGUUAUUUACAACACAAAUUAGAAGCAUCAAGCUUAGAAAACCACAUCUUGAAACAGCUUCAGUGUCGACACUCGAAAGCAAUAGGUAGAUAUGAAAAUUCAGGAAGUAACUUGCUGGAUCUUUUAGGGAGUCUUUAUGAUGAGGUGAGAGCUUUAAGGAAACUCCUGAGGAUGUCUCAGGAGGAUGAGAGAAAUACAUCCAGGAAGCUCAGAAAAGUUGAAGCAGAGCUGCUAAAAGCUAAAAAUGCUUUGCAGACCUUGCAUAUGCUUUCAGAAGACAAAGCUCUUGCAGAGAGAGAGGAACUUAAUCACAGAUUAUCAGCCCUUACAGAAAAAAUGGAAGAGAAUGAUAAGAGAAUACAGAGCCUAGAAAAGCAGCUGAAGUUGAACAAUAGCACCUUUAGUCGUCAGCUGGCAAAUGAGAACAAAAAAGCUGUGGAAACUGGGAUAAUUACAAAGAACUUGCAAAUGGAAAUUAAAUCUCUUCACCAAAAAAUUAAGGAAAAAGAUCGGCAACUUUACGUAAAAAAUAUCUGUGCAAAUUGGAUGCCUAAAAUCCCCAAAGACAAAAGUGAUUCAGUACCUCAUGAAAAAAGUCUUAGUAUAAACAGAUCAGUACAAGUAGAUAAACAGAAUUUUAGAUCACUGCUGCUGUCACAGUACCAAACUCAGAAAAAAGCCCAUAUUUUUACCUUUAAUUGCCAAUUAUAGGAGAAAAUGUCUUCAGAAGACAAGAAUCAAAAAGCUGAAGCAAACGAAGCAUGUACAGAUGCCCAAUGUAGAACAGAAAAGCAUUCAACCAAGAAAAUACCAAAGCCAGAAACUUUUAGUAGAACAUGUAGAGAGUAUUUAAGGGAGGGCAGACUACUGAUGGAAGAAUACACUUGUCUGGAAUUUAUGGAAGAGUCAGAUUUGCUUAAACGGGAGCUGAAAAAAAUUAUGAAAACUGAACAAACGCCUCUAAGUGACAAUGUAAAAGAGAACAGUCAAGAGGAAGAUGCAGUGGAAGAAUAUGAAAAAGAAGAAAAAAAGCCAGAUGAACAGCUAAACAACAGCGAGAAGGCAGGGACUAAAUGUGUUACUCCAGGUCCAAGAAACAAAACACCCAUUAGGCUGAAAAAAAAAUACAUAUUCUCAGAAGCCACUGAGAAUUUGCAUCGUGGGCUUCUUACAUCAGGUACAAAAUCAAAAAAAGACAGUCUUUGCAACCAUAGACAUGCAGGUCAGGACUGCAGUGAACCAGCUGAAUCAAAAAUGAAAAAUUCCUUUGGGCUAUAUGAACCAUCUUUUGGUAAAGUUACCAAAACAAGGCAGAAGGACAGUUCCACUGAAGCAGAAGGCUGCGCUCACAUGACAUUCGCUGAAAGGAAAAAUCUUAUGAAAGAACUCUUUGGACCAGGCUGUGUUUGAAGAGACAACCAUUCAAGUUCUAACAUGAGAGGAAUGAAGAAAGGGAAGUGAAAGGAUGCAGGAUUACACAAGCCAAAUUUCAAACCACCACUACUAGUUUAUAGUGUAAAGCACGUAACACUAAUGAAAUCGUUACAAAUAACUUUAUGAGAAUACACAAACUAAUUAUUGUAUUUGGUUAGUUAAAUACAU